AUGUCGAUUCUAUGUGGUUGUUGCCCUCUACUAGAAUGUGUCUACUGUCUCGGCUGUGCACGUUGGGCUUACAAACGCUGCCUCUACACGGCUGGUCACGACAGUAAAGACUGGGGGCUUGCAACAACCGACGAAUUCGAACCAAUCCCUCGGCUUUGUCGUUACAUUUUAGCGGUUUACGAGGACGAUAUCCGAAACCCUCUAUGGGAGCCUCCUGAAGGAUAUGGUAUAAACCCUGACUGGCUACUUCUAAAGAAGACCUACGAAGACACUCAAGGUCGUGCCCCUGCUUACAUCUUGUAUCUAGACCAUGUUUACAAAGACGUAGUUGUGGCUAUCCGGGGACUGAAUCUGGCGAAAGAGAGCGAUUACGCGGUGCUCUUGGAUAACAAGCUCGGGGAGAGGAAGUUUGAUGGCGGUUACGUGCACAACGGGCUGUUGAAGUCUGCUGGUUCGGUGUUGGAUGAGGAGUGUAAAGUGUUGAGAGAGUUGGUGGUGAAGUAUCCGAGUUAUACGUUGACUUUCGCUGGACAUUCUCUCGGGUCUGGUGUGGCUACGAUGCUGGCUUUGUUGGUGGUCAAGCAUCCUGAGAGGUUGGGGAAUAUUGAGAGGAAGAGAGUCAGGUGUUUCGCUAUCGCGCCUGCGAGGUGUAUGUCGUUGAAUCUGGCUGUUAGAUAUGCUGAUGUCAUCAACUCUGUUGUGCUUCAGGAUGAUUUCUUGCCAAGGACAGCUACGCCUUUAGAAGACAUAUUCAAGUCUCUUUUCUGUUUGCCAUGUCUGCUAUGUAUACAGUGCGUGAAGGAUACAUGUGUUCCAGAACAGAAGAUGCUCAAAGAUCCUAGAAGGCUUUACGCUCCUGGUCGCAUGUAUCACAUCGUCGAAAGAAGGCCUUGCCGAUUGGGAAGAUUUCCACCGGUGGUGAAGACAGCAGUGCCAGUAGACGGAAGGUUCGAACACAUUGUUUUGUCUUGUAAUGCAACUUCAGACCACGCCAUCAUUUGGAUCGAACGAGAAGCACAUAGAGCUCUCAACCUGAUGGUGGAGAAAGAGAAGACAAUGGAGAUCCCGGAGAAGCAGAGGAUGGAGAGGCAAGAAUCAUUAGCUAGAGAGCACAACUUGGAGUACAGAGCAGCGUUAAGACGAGCUGUAACGUUAGACGUUCCUCACGCGGACUCGUUGUCCUCUGAAUACGGAACGUUCGAUAAAGCUCAAGAAGAUGAAACCGAAGAGGAAGAAACAGAGAAAGAAGAAACAGAGGAGGAAGAAGAAGAAGAAACAGAUUCGAUUGCACCAAUGGUGGGUGAAUCAUCAUCAUCAGCAUCUACUCUUCGUCCAUCGAACAAGAGAAGACGGAACCGUGGACUUAGUUGGGACGAGCUGAUCGAAAGUCUGUUUGAGAGAGACGAGUCUGGUAAUUUGACAUUCGAGAAAUCAGAAUUGCGUAAAUGA